UCAUGUACGGUCUGAACUUAUUCUUACCCGGUUUGUCCGGUUCACCGCCGCCGGCCGACCUCCCUCCGUACAUACGCUCUGCUAUAAAUAAUCCCCUUCUUUUUCAUUACUUUCUCUCCUCCCUCUGUUAUUACAACUCUUCUGUAAUGCUUAUUGUUCUGUAAUAAAGUUUGAAUUUCUUUCCUCCCAGAUUCAAUUUAGGUCAAUUUUAUCGAAGAUGCCGAAUCUUGAGGUCAACCCAAACGGAGCUGUCAAACACCAUGAGUCCAAUCCAUCCAUCUUCGAAAUCGGGGAAUCGGAUUUAUCCAAAUUGUUGGAGAAGCCGAAGCCGGUUAACAUCGAACGGAAGAGAUCCUUCGAUGAGAGAUCUUUCAGUGAGAUGUCGAGCAUAAGCAGUCCAAGAGGACUUACUUGUGUCGAAGCACAUCCGAUCGUCGCCGAGGCAUGGAUCGCCCUGCAACGAUCGAUAGUUCACUUCCGCGGCCAGCCAGUCGGGACAAUUGCUGCUCUUGAUCACUCAACCGAGCAAGUUAAUUACGAUCAGGUCUUUGUUAGAGACUUUGUCCCGAGUGCUCUAGCAUUCUUGAUGAAUGGCGAACCCGAAAUCGUCAAGAAUUUCCUCCUCAAAACGCUUAGGCUCCAAUCUUGGGAGAAAAAGGUCGAUAAUUUCACUUUAGGGGCAGGGGUGAUGCCGGCGAGUUUUAAGGUUCUUCACGAUCCCGUAAGAAAUAACGAAACUUUGAUCGCUGAUUUCGGCGAAUGCGCCAUCGGUAGAGUGGCUCCGGUAGAUUCUGGCUUCUGGUGGAUUAUUCUCCUCCGGGCGUACACAAAGGCGACAGGGGACACUACGUUGGCUGAACUGCCCGAAUGCCAGAGGGGCAUUCGCCUUGUAAUGACCUUAUGCCUGUCUGAAGGCUUCGACACUUUCCCGACUCUACUAUGCGCCGAUGGAUGCAGCAUGAUCGAUCGUAGAAUGGGCAUUUAUGGUUAUCCGAUCGAGAUUCAGGCAUUGUUCUUCAUGGCGCUACGAUGCGCGCUGCAGCUACUGAAGCACGACGAAGAAGGCAAAGAGUGCGCCGACAUGAUAGUCAAACGUUUGCACGCACUGAGCUUCCACAUGAGGAGCUAUUUCUGGCUCGACAUGAAGCAGCUGAACGACAUCUACCGGUACAAGACGGAGGAGUAUUCGCACACCGCGGUGAACAAGUUCAACGUGAUGCCGGAUUCCCUCCCCGACUGGGUGUUCGACUUCAUGCCGAAUCACGGUGGCUACUUCAUCGGCAAUGUCAGCCCCGCCAGGAUGGAUUUCCGCUGGUUCUGCUUAGGUAAUUGCGUCGCCAUUCUCUCGUCGUUAGCCACUCCCGAGCAGGCUUCGGCCAUCAUGGACCUCAUUGAGUCGCGCUGGGACGAGCUCGUCGGCGAAAUGCCGUUGAAGAUAUGCUACCCGACCAUGGAAAGCCACGAGUGGAGAAUCGUGACCGGCUGCGAUACGAAGAACACGGGUUGGAGUUACCAUAACGGCGGAUCUUGGCCAGUUCUUCUGUGGUUGCUGACGGCAGCCUGCAUUAAGUCGGGGCGGCCGCAGCUGGCGAGGAGGGCGACGGAGCUGGCGGAAGCGCGGCUGCUGAAGGAUCACUGGCCGGAAUAUUACGACGGGAAGCUGGGGAGGUACGUGGGGAAGCAGGCGAGGAAGAAUCAGACGUGGAGCAUUGCAGGGUAUCUGGUGUCGAAGAUGAUGCUGGAAGAUCCUUCACAUUUGGGGCUGAUAUCUCUUGAGGAAGACAAGCAGAUGAAGCCACACAUUAAGAGAUCUUCCACAUGGUCUUUUUUCUGAUCCAUUUGCAGAUUAAAACCAAUUGUUGUUAUUUGAAUUUUUUUUUCUUUUUCAAUUUUUCACGUAUAGACUUUUGGGAAUGAAUUGUAUUGGCCAUGAUAAUUUGAUUAUUGUAUUAGAGAAAUGGUGAAGACUAAAGAG